AUGGUUGAAGAAGGAAAAAUUUAUUUACCGUUUGAUGAAGCUUUUGAAGUGUUUAAAACUUUAAUACAACAAUAUGAUUAUUAUAAACCACAAUACAACACACACUCUACUGCCGGAUUUAACAAUUCACCUAGAAAACCCACUAAACCAAAUUUAACUAAUCGAACAUUCUCCUUUAAUAAUUCUUUAGAUUUCUUUAAAAAUCUAUCAAAUCAACAAUCUAAUAACAACAAUAAAACAUCACACUCACAUGAUUCUACUGAUAACAAUAAAGUUGAAAUAACACACUCAAACAACAACACACACUCAAUAUAUUGA